AUGGAUGCUUAUCAAGUACUGUGUAAGAAUAAUACGUCACUUCCUCCAAAUCGCUGUGAUGAUAUCAAAACAGAAGUUAAAUCAUAUGAAAGGUCGUAUGCAUCAAUAUGCUUAAACAGAACUAAUGUUGAGUUCCGUCAAUUCAAUGCAAUAUUUACAAAUCUUGGAGCCUCUGGUCGCCAUGGUCCAACAUCAAUUGGUCAAUUUUACAAUGGUCAGGAUCACGAAAAUAUGGUAACCGUAUCGAAAGGUAUCCAGUAUUGGACAGUGCCUUACACUGGAACUUAUGAAAUUACAGCUGUUGGUGCAAUAGGUGGUGAUGAUAAGUAUGGCUCUGCUUAUAGAGGUCGUGGAGCUUACAUGAAAAGAGACUUUAAAAUAAAAAAGAAAAUUUUUAAAAUUCUGGUUGGGCAAACGGCACUCGUCAAUAACCGUGUCUAUACAUCAGGAGGUGGCGGGUCUUUUGUUGCUAGGAACAACAAUGUACCACUACUGGUUGCUGGAGGUGAUGGUGGUAUAAAACAUCUGAAGGAACGUUUAGAUAACUGUGAUGCCGGCAAUAACACAUCUGGAAAAAAUAACAAAUGCGUCACACCUUGUGGAAACUGGGCUGGAGGAGUAAAUGGGCAUGGAGCUAAGCAGGCAGACUCAGAUAAUUCAGAUUGUGGUGGAGGUGGAUUUUACAGCAAUGGAAGAAGUAGUAAACAGUUUGCCAAGUAUGGAAAUGGAGGAGAAGGAGGUUUUGCUUUUAUAAUUGGAGGAGCAGGAGGACGUGCCUGGUAUAUCAAUGCCGUUGGUGGGUUUGGAGGUGGUGGUGGGGCAUAUGGUCCUGGUGGAGGAUCAGGUGGUGGAGGUGGUUACUCAGGUGGAGCAUCCGGAGAAAAUGUGUACGGAUCUUGUGGUGGUGGUGGUGGAUCUUAUAAUGCAGGAAAAAAUCAAGUGAACAAGUCUGCCUUUAAUGACAAAGGAGACGGAUAUGUCAUUAUCACUCGAAAGAGGUAG